AUGGUCGAGAUCUCUGAGCAGGAUGCGUGGAUCUCGCAUCUCGGCGAGUGCAAGCAGCUGGCCGAGAACGACAUCAAGCGGCUGUGUGAUAAGGCCCGCGAGAUUCUGCUCGACGAGUCCAACGUGCAGCCGGUGCGCUGCCCGGUGACCGUCUGCGGUGAUAUCCACGGCCAAUUCCACGACCUGUCCGAGCUCUUCCGCAUCGGCGGCAACUCGCCCGACACGAACUACCUCUUCAUGGGCGACUACGUCGACCGCGGCUACUACUCCGUCGAGACGGUGACGCUGCUCGUCGCGCUCAAGGUGCGCUACCGCGACCGCGUGACGAUCCUGCGCGGCAACCACGAGAGCCGGCAGAUCACGCAGGUGUACGGCUUCUACGACGAGUGCCUGCGCAAGUACGGCAACGCCAACGUGUGGAAGUACUUCACAGACCUGUUCGACUACCUGCCGUUGACGGCGCUCAUCGACGAGCAGAUCUUCUGCCUGCACGGCGGCCUGUCGCCGUCGAUCGACACGCUCGACCACAUCCGCUCCAUCGACCGCAUCCAGGAGGUGCCGCACGAGGGCCCGAUGUGCGACCUGCUGUGGUCGGACCCCGACGACCGGUGCGGCUGGGGCAUCUCGCCGCGCGGCGCCGGCUACACGUUCGGGCAGGACAUCAGCGAGGCGUUCAACCACAACAACGGCCUCACGCUCGUGGCGCGCGCCCACCAGCUCGUCAUGGACGGCUUCAACUGGUCGCAGGAACGCAACGUCGUGACGAUCUUCAGUGCGCCGAACUACUGCUACCGCUGCGGCAACCAGGCGGCGAUCAUGGAGAUCGACGAGAACCUCAAGUACACGUUCCUGCAGUUCGACCCGGCGCCGCGGGCCGGCGAGCCGCUCGUGUCGCGGCGGGUGCCCGACUACUUCCUCUGAGAGGCGCCGCGCCGCGCCGCGCCGCAGCUGCCACGUCCCCCGUUCCCCGACCCCCCACGCCCCCUGCCCCUGUAGCACGAUAUACGCAAGAGACCCAGGAGAAAGAGUUGGACACGACGCGGAGAGCUGCGGCGUGCGUGCGGCCGGAGCACCUGCCCUGCUGGUGUGGCGGACAAUGCCAGAGCAUUCC